CUUUGUUGCUCAUAAACAUUCCAACGUGCACUGAGGGUCAAAUUCCAUAUCACGUUUUCUGUGGUAGAAACAGUCAGUAAGAGGAAGGGAAAGCUGAAUCACACAAAAAGAAUGUCACCCGCCAAACACACGCCCGCCCACUCGAUCCCACCUCAUGCUGUGAUGCAACUGGCAAAGGCAUGGCUUGCCGAGGACACGCCAAACUUUGAUCCUGCAGGAGUGUGUGUGGGGUCAGAGGAGGUGGAGGCAAGGUUGUUGUGUAAAAGCCCACACAGUAUCUUGGCAGGAAGUCCCUUCUUUACAGCGGUAUUCACUGAGGUCGGCUGUAACGUGGAUUGGAUUUACCAGGAUGGAGACGAAAUUGGUGCAGAUCCUGUCACACUUAUUGCUGUGGUGCGAGGCCCGGCCAGAUGCCUUCUCCUGGGUGAAAGGCCAGCUCUAAAUUGUCUUUCCCGGGCCUCAGGGAUCGCCACUCAAUGUUUUCAACUCCGGAAAAUGGCAAAAGCAGGAGGAUGGCAUGGAGAAGUAGCAGGCACACGUAAAACAACACCGGGGUUCCGCCUAGUGGAGAAGUAUGCUAUGCUGGUGGGUGAUGUGUCCAUGCACAGGCAGGACUUGAGUGGAAUGGUAAUGCUGAAGGACAACCAUGUCUGGGCUUCAGGGAACAUCACAGAGGCUGUGAAAGCUGCCAGGUCAGUAUGUGGAUUCAGCAGUAAGAUUGAAGUGGAGUGUGGCUCCUCAGAAGAAGCCGUGGAAGCAGCCACGGCAGGGGCAGAUAUUGUUAUGCUUGAUAAUUUCCAGCCACAGGCGCUCCAUGUUGCAGCUGGUGCUCUGAAGCAAGAAUUCCAAGCUCUGCUGAUAGAAGCCAGUGGAGGAGUGACACCAGAAAACCUAGCAGAGUAUUUCUCUCCAUGUGUGGACAUCAUCUCCCUGGGCUGUAUUACUCAAGGGUGCCCGGUUGUGGAUUUCUCAUUAAAGGUUCAAAAGCCUGUUUCUUAGUCAGACCUCUGUGAAGGAUCGGCACCAAUAUGUAUUGUACAUUCACAAAAAUUGAAUUUUAAACUACAUUCAGUAAAGACUGGUCACAGAUACGAAAUUAUAGGAGACGUAUUAUGCCAGGAAAAACAAAAGCCUACUUAGAAGAGCCAACAUUUUUUUCAGAGUUAAUCCGAGAAGCUUUAACUGGUAACAGAUGUGUGCUGAUAUUCAACAAACAAUCCUGGUUUUAUUGUUUGAAUCACAUUUGGUUUUGUUUCAUGUUUUAUCGUGUUUCUUUGUGUGCCAUUUUUUAUGCCUUCCUCUGUUUUCUUUCCACCUGUUCUGGUCAUCUCUCCAAACAAACAACGCUAUCUGGCCUUUCCCCUGGAUGGAAAUACGCAUGGAGUCUAGGGCCCCCACCACCACCCCCCUCCUUCUCGGCCAUGGACUGAUAAGCCGGGACUGUCUUCAUGAUGAGCAGACCUCAACGAAGCAGCUAUGACCUGUACACGCAUACACGUACAUGACUGGACAAGCACACGCACAGUCUUCAUCGCUCCGAUUCUUUUUCCCCCCGUGACGGGGUUCGAUAAUGCGGAGCGCAACGGGGACCGUGCAGCUGGUCGGAAGAGGAUAGUUCGAGCGUGUUUUUUUUCCCCUCUCCCUACCCAGCGUUUUUCCUUUCUGAAUUCUGAUUGUAAUUUCCCCAUUGCGGGACAAAUAAAGGAUGUAUUAAUCUUAA